AUUCCACACCCAAACUCUCCGCACCCCACCCCUUCAUCUCCUCACCAAUUCCUAUCCCUCCACCAAGAUGGCGGCGUCAUCGAGCAGCGGCAUAGUGGAGCGCCAAUACAACUACGGGGGUCUGAUCGUCCGAACCUUUGUCCACUCCGCCAAAUCCUCUCCUCCCCCCGCUCUAGGAGCCGAAGAUUCACAAUCCUCCCCCUUAGACAGCUCCGUUCCAAAUAACCAAGUUGCGUCUCCAGUUAAACGCGGUCGCGGUCGCCCGCGCAAGAACCCCAAACCGAAUAGUGCGGCCGGCGACGACGACGCUGGUUCUGAUCGAUCCCCACAACCAGGUCCCUCCUCGCAUCAAAAACCGCCAAAGAAGAAGAGAAAACAGCUGUCCGGUGUCAUGUCCGGUAACUCUAGGGUCCCUGCUUACGUUUCACUCCUGACCGAGGAGGAGAUGACCGCUGUUCGCAAGAGGAAUAGACGCGGGAAACAGUGGAUUCCUGGGGAAAAGACGGUCAUGAACGAGCUGGCGAGAUUGGGCAGGAGCGUUCCCGAUCCUACCGAAACUCAGGAGUUUCAGAAUGGGGAAGACGGUGUUGGGGAUGAUGAAGAGCCUGAGCCUGAAUUUAGCCUCGCUGAGGGAAUUGAGACGGCCGACGACGACGUCAUUGACUGCGACCCAUUUACGGGACUAGAGGACAUGCGCCUCGAUUCUGCUGAUAAUGUCGGGAUGGCUGGAGGUGUAGGCUCGGGCUCUACGAGUGAUUGGAUGAGGGUCAAUAGCCAACAAACCCAGUUUCAGCAGCAGGCGGAAAGCAAUGGUCAGAGUUCGUUCGAUUACUACAUGUGUCCUCCCAACGGCGCAAGUACCCUUGAACCCCCAUCUGCAGCUCUGGACAAAGACUCCUCGUUUGCCGAGCAGUUGAAUUCGACCGUGCCUGAACUUUCAGAGACAAUUCUCCAGCCACCAGACUCUGCGACUACUCUGUCUCACCCUACUCCUCCUCCGUCUUCGUUAUCUCCUCAGAAUCAACCCCCUAAGCGUCCUUCCGCACCACCUCCACCUGCGAUUCAUCUAGACACUACGGCUGCACUUGGAGCUAAACUGAUUGAACUGAUUGCAGCCUCGCAAACCGCAUUUAUCCCCACCCCAGUCCAUUGCUCCUUUACUCUACCUCUACCAGAGGGCGAAUUCAUCCAGAAGCAAUACGCUACAGACCUCGUUUCUGCAAUCUCUGAUGUCGACCGCUACGUAUAUGUCACCAAGAACUCCACCUGGAAUUCGACAAACACCGGGAGUAGAGGCGCAAUAUUCGUGUGUAACAUGAGUUUGGAGAGUCUGAAGAAGAGGAAAAGCGGCACCGGCGAGGAUCAGAAGAAGGGUACGUUUUCAUAUCCCCAGUUCACAUUAUUCAUCUAUUUGCAGCCGAAUUAGUUGGCUGACUUGUUUCCCCACAGUCUCCAUGGCUAGGACUAGAUACCCCUGUGAGGGGUGUAUCACUAUUCGAUUCCUCGCAAAGAAGAACGUCAUCAGCGUCCUCUACAAGCAUCACGCCAUUCACCGUUCUCCACACGAUAAGAUUGAGGAUUCCGAGCCCACGCCCGAAAAUAAUACUACCACUACCAUCACCAAUAGUACUAAUGACGCACCACCUCCACUCGAAAGGCCUCCGGCGGAGGAGAUCAUUGUCCCAGCUUUAGCCCAAAUCCCCGGUGUUGCGGGGCCGGGAUAAGUGUAGACAUGUCUAGCUACCUGGUUAGUUACCUUGCUUUAAUCCUAAACCUUUCAUGGCUAAACUCAUUACGAAAUUAAAGCCUCUCCUGUUUUUCUUCUUUUUCGUUUCCUCUUCUGAUAUUAUUAACCUCUUACUCUACUCACAUUUUUUGUAUUGUUACUGGGUGGCCUGCUUUGUUUCAUUUCACUCUCCAUUUCUUCAUUGACUUUACUUUUCCCCCUUCGAUCCACCCGACUAGUCAAAAGCCAACCGAGCGAAAUCUAUGGAUAGUUUGUCCGGGGUCAAGUGGUCUACUUGUUUUCUACUUUUGUUCUUAUCAAUCCCUUUCUCCCAUAACUCCGUAUUUUCUCUUCUCUCGAACUUGACACGAUAAUAGCUUCUUGGCGCUUUAUCUUCUCUUCACAUUUUCUCCCCUUUCUUCCCGGUUGGUUAGCUGGAUGGAUGGUCGGUCGGGUGGACGAGACGGAUGGGUAAGUUGGUCUGUGGUUAGCAUCGAGGAGUUUACUUUAAUUGCUUGUGGCUCCUACUCUACUUUCGCUUCUACUUCCUACUGUACUGGUGCGUGGUCGGUGGUACUCUGGUUGCUUGUUUGCCUCUUAUCUCUUGUUUCUUUUGUUUGUCUUUUUGUGGCUAUUUGUGGUUCGUUGUCUAGAUAGCAUAGGUUGUAUAUGGACAGUAAUAUCAUGAUUCAUGAGGACUAUUUGGCUUGGCCUGAGGUGGCUUGAUAGAUCGAUUGGGUUUUGUAUAUUUGCUUUGGUUUGGGGGGUACACAAUUAAAAAUUUACCGGAAUCCACUGAAAUGCAUGUUCAUGUGCACGUGCAUGAUUUAUCAC